AUGAUUAUUGGUGGCAGUGACGACACCUCUAUCAAUGGUAUCAAAUUCACCGGAAUUCACAAACUCAAAAGAUUGAUCACCCAUGAACGGUAUGACGAAAUCGAAGAAAGUAUCAUCUUCAAUGAGUCAGAUGCCGAUAGUUUGACUUUCCAUCACAAUGAUGCACUAGUCAUUACUUUACGAAUUUCAGAUACUGAUGUUAGAAGAAUUAUGGUAGAUGACGGAAACAGGGCAUACAUCAUCCAUCCUCGAGUCCUUACAGAGAUGAGACUCAAGGAUAAGUUAGUGACGCAGUGCAUUACACUAACUAGUUUUACAAAUGUAGUUGAACGGACUUCAGGAGAGAUCACACUCCCUGUCCUCGCUGGUAGGGUGACUCUGGAAAUAACAUUUCAUAUCAUGGACCAGGACACCGCAUAUAACUCCAUUUUGGGACAAACAAUGGAUACACUGCAUGAGAGACAUCCCAUCCAGCUUGUACCAAGUGAUCAAAUUCCCAACACCCUAGGGAUAUUCAGUAUACGAGGGGAACAAUGCACAUCCUAG